AUGGCCAAAUAUCGAGACCCUCGCUUUCUGCACAACUUGUCCUACCACCCACGGUGGCAGCAUGACUCAAUAAAAGUGAAAAGAAAAAGGCAUAUGCGGACAGUAGCUUCAAACGUUUGCAAUGAAAAUAGUCGGUUAAAAUCAUUAGAAUUAUUAUCAUCAAAACCACAGUUGCCAUGUUCCCCUGUUCAAUACUCCAGCAGCAGCCGGUGGAACUGGUUUCUUAUUCCCUUAUUCAUGGUCUCAUUCCUGCCCUGUCAAGCCUGGGGGACCACUUUCAAGAUGGCCCUGGUUGGACCCUGGACGUGUGACCUCUUAUACUCCAAAGCCCUACCUGACCUUGCAGCACGACUAGCCACUGCCCGCAUAAACAAGGACCCCUACCUCAACAAAGGCUACUGGUAUGACUACACGCUGAUCACUGAGGACUGCAAGUCAUCCCGUGCCCUCGCUCGUUUCGCUGAGCUGGAAGGUUAUGGUGCUGCCAUCGUGGGCCCUGCCAACCCAGGCUACUGCUCUGCGGCAGCUUUGUAUACAAAAGAGUGGGACAUUGGCCUUCUGUCCUGGAGCUGCCUCAAACCCAACAUGGAGAAAGGAAACAUGCAUCCCACUUUCCUGCGGCCUCUGCCGUUGUCCUCGCAUGUGCUUUUUGCUGUGUUGCGCUACUUUCGUUGGGCUCAUGUGGCCAUAAUCUCUGAGGAGACAGAUAUAUGGGAAGCCACAGGACAAGAGCUUGCCUCAUCACUGAGGGCCCUUGGCCUGCCUGUCAAUCCUGUGGUCACUAUGGAUGAUGACAAAGAUGGGCCUCGGAGGGCCCUGACAAAAGUGAGGGAUGCAGACCGAGUCAGAGGUAAGUCAAAGAUGAGGAGACUUUUGCAAGAAGAGAAACGGAGCAAAAAAUGUAUAGCAACAUUUAAACAACCUCUUCACUAUUAUUUUAUCACAUCAGUUUUGUUUUCCACCCCUUCUUCUCCACAGUCAUCAUCAUGUGCAUGCCUUCUGUCCUCAUUGGUGGACAAGCCCAGUACCAACUACUGACAACAGCCUUGGCCAUGCGUAUGAUUGACCGUGGCUAUGUGUUCAUCCCCUACGACACCCUCCUCUACGCUCUACCCUACAAGGAUGCUUCUCACUAUAUGUUAGGUAAUGACACCAAGCUGAGGAAAGCCUAUGACGGAGUCCUCACCAUCACUAUGGACUCUGCAGAGCGCAAUUUCUACGAGGCCUUCAAAGACGCCCAGGAUAGCUAUGAAAUUCGUAGCAGCAGCCCUCCAGAACAGGUCUGAUUCCCUUGAAGUGGUAUGUGAAAUAUGGAAGAAAGAUGAACAAGCCCACUAAAGUAAAUCAUCUUCUCGACUUCUCCUUUGACAGGUUUCACCAUUCUUUGGCACAAUCUACAACAUGAUGUACUACACAGCUAUGGCUGCUGAGCAGGCCCGUUCCGGUGGAGGCCGUUGGGUAACUGGUCACAUCUUGGGUGAAAGCAAGGGCAGCUUUGAAUUUCAAGGCUUCAAUCAGCAUUUGAGGGCAGGCAAGGACGGCGAAGGCAUGCAAGGCGACUAUGUAGUACUGGACUACAGCGGCAUGGGCUCCACUCUCUACUCCACUCACAUUUUGAAAGCCAGUCACACAAAUGGAGGGGUUGGCACUUUGAAAUACCUCAGCCGCUCAAUCCAUUUUGCAGGAAGCACCCCCUACACAGAUUCAGGCUGCUGGUUUAGCCCAUACUUUGCCUGUACUGGAGGUAAGUGCACCAGGUUGCCAUAUCAGGAAAUGAGUAUAUGCUGUUACACUGUACAUUCAGUCCAUAUGAACAAUGUUUUUUCUUCUCUUCUCCUCCCCAGGGAUGGAUUCUGUCACUCUCCUCUUUCUUUUCCUUGUGUUCAUUGCAUUUGCAGGCUGUGGAGUUAACUUCUUCAUACGUUUCAAGUAUGUACAGCAGAGCAUAGAGACAGUAUCUCAUGUAUCUCCAUGUGAUUAUAUCUCACACCUUCCAAGUGUAAACUUAAGUGAUGUUUCAUGGAAAAAAAAAAAAAUGACUGUUUCUCUUUGUGGCUGCACAGGAAAAUGGGCCGGGUCGGGUUUAGCUUCGGAGGCAGCAGUGGGUCAUCAAAGGUGGUCCUGACCCUUGAUGACCUAGUCUUUAUCAACACGCAAGUCAGCAAACGGGUCAGUUCUGGGCCAAAUUCCUGACAAUACUAACCAUGUUUUAUGGUUUAACUCUGUUUUUUCAGUGAAUGAUAAACUGUUGCUAUCUGACUUUUCUUCUCAAACUGCAUGUGAGCAGAAGCUGAAUGAUGACAGUAUCAUGAAAAGUCAACUUGACAUGAAGACACCUCACCACUCAGUGUCUGGUCGCAGCUACUUGGCCUCCACACCUGACAGCUCAAAUGUUGCAGUGUUUGAGGUACGCGAGUGUGUUCUGAUACAUUCAUAAACUUCCCUUCUCUGUCUUUAAAUUCUUUAGUUUCACUAAGACUGUGUGUUGUACACCUUAGGGGGACUGGGUUUGGUUGAAGAAAUGCCCGAGUGGAUCAGUAUCAUCUAUUAACAGCAGCACGGAGUACAUUUUUGUUAGGGUAAGUAGAUGUCAGCGUGUGUCACUUAUUAAGUCAACUGAUUGAUGAUAUUUUCACAAAAAUGAUUAAUUUCCAUAAGCAAACCUCAUUUCGCAGCAUUAAUGUUUCAAUUGUCUUUCUCUCAGCUCAGAGACAUGAGGCACGAGAACCUCAAUCUGUUCCUGGGACUUUUCUUCGACUCUGGGAUCUUCGGCCUUGUGACUGAACAUUGCACCAGAGGCAGUUUGGAGGAUCUGCUUAUCAACGAUGAAGUGCGUCUUGACUGGAUGUUCAAGUCUUCCCUCUUGAUGGACCUGAUCCGGGUAAGAGAGACACCAGGAAUUAGACUGUCCCCUUCUUUCUAUUCCUUCCUACCACUUAUACUGAAAAAUCUGUCCUCAGGGAAUGAAGUACCUGCACCAUCGUGAUGUCAUCCAUGGACGCCUCAAAUCACGCAACUGUGUGGUAGAUGGUCGUUUUGUAUUGAAGGUUACAGAUUAUGGGUAUAAUGAGAUACUAAUUGCCCAAAGCAUUGACAAUGAUGACGAAAAACCAGAGGGUGAGCCCAUGAGCAUCUACCAACUGAUUUACUGAGUUAGCUUGUGCAGGCUGACUGUUUGUUUAUUAUGGUUCUUUUUUUUCCCCAUAAAGAUAUGCUUUGGACAGCUCCUGAACUGCUGCGCAGUUCUAGUCAGAGAAGGCGAGGCACUUUCGCAGGAGAUGUCUACAGCUUUGCCAUCGUUUCACAGGAAGUCGUCUCUCGCUCUGCACCAUUCUGCAUGCUGGACAUGCCUCCCAAAGGUUAGUGACAUUGAAAAAAAAAUCAAGGGUUUUGGAGCACAUCUUUACUCCUUAUUUGUACUAUCUGAAAAGCUUGAGAGCCCUUGAUAAAAAGUCAUGCUUUGUCAGAAGAGUUCCCUGUGCUUUUCUCUUUGUGUCUAACAUUCCUGCUCUAUCUUGUGUGUAUGUGUGUUGGAUGAUUGUGUAUGAUGACAGAGAUCAUCAACAAGGUGAAAGAUCCUCCUCCUUUGUGUCGGCCUAUUCUGUCAGUGGAUGAGGCCCCGCUAGACGUGAUACAGGUUUUAAAACAGGCCUGGAGUGAAGAGCCAGAAAAGAGGCCGACCUUUGAAGAGAUUUUUAAACAGGUAAAGACGCGUUUCAGAUUUAUAAUGCUGUGUACAAAAGCAGAACGCUGAAGGUGACAUCCACGUCUCUGCCUUUUUUGUGACAGUUCAAGAGCAUCACCAAGGGAAAGAAGACCAACAUCAUUGACUCUAUGCUGCGCAUGUUGGAGCAAUACUCUUCCAACCUGGAAGAUCUGAUUCGAGAGAGGACAGAAGAGCUAGAGGUGGAGAGACAGAAGACUGACAGAUUGAUAUCUCAGAUGUUGCCAAAGUAAGUGUCCAGUAACUCUAAUGGAUGAAGGGAAGACUUACUAAAAGUGUUCAGUUCUGUUAUGUAUUACAGUCUCUGAUCUGACAGCCCAGCAUUAUAUUACACUACUGUAGAGGAUGAUGCUUUAGUUGUGCUUUUAUUAACUUCAUUAAGUUUGUCAAAGACUCAAUCAGAUUCAAUACUCAUUCCAGCUCAGUUGCUGAAGCCUGACAUACAACAGCCGUUCAAGGUUCAAUCAUUCAACCUUUUCUAAGAACUUAGCUUAAUCAGAGCCAGCAAAAAUGUCAUUGAAUAUAGCUUUUAUCUCUUGAGCAGGAAAUAUCAGUCGACACAGUGAAAAAAGUGUUUUUUUUCAUCCUGUCGAAGUGUCUGAAUAUUUCAUCAGCACAAAUUGCAGUGGUUUUGCUGCAUUAAGCACCUGAAGGAUUAUUAACUCCACAAGCAAUUAUACGGAUGUGAUCAAACUCAUACUUAUUCUUUGCUUUUGCAUAUUUAUCACAAUUGACGCAAACGAACACCAGAUACAUUUGCAGGCUGUAUUCUGUGGGCAGACUUUUUUUUGUUUGUUUGUUUCAGUGUUUAUGUUAUUGUGAGAGAGAUCACGUUUAUGACUCUGUUUGUAUUCAAAAGGUGUCUUCCACUCUUUUUUCUCUUACAGGACUGUGGCUCAGGCGCUGAAGACAGGCAAGCCUGUCAAGCCAGAGCACUUUAGUGAGGUAACGCUGUACUUCAGUGACAUUGUGGGUUUCACCACCAUCUCAGCCCUAAGCGAACCCAUCGAGGUGGUCGACUUACUCAAUGACCUUUACACACUCUUUGAUGCUAUCAUCGGCCUGCAUGAUGUCUACAAGGUGGGUUUGAGGAGUCUUGUGUAAAGCAGUGGUUCUCAAGUCCAGUCCUCGAGGCCCACUGUCCUGCAUGUUUUGGAUGUUUCCCUGCUCCAACACACCUGAUUCAAAUGAUCAGCUCGUUAUCAAGCUCUGUAAUGGCUUAAUAAUGAGCUGAUCAUUUGAAUCAGGUGUGAUGGAGCAGGGAAACAUCCAGAACAUGCAGGACAGUGGGCCUCGAGGACUGGACUUGAGAACCACUGGUGUAAAACACACAUAAAAAAAUUCUAGUUGUAUUUUUUUUUCAUGUAGUUUAUCAACAUAGUAAUUAAGUAUUCUUUCUUUGUUGUUUUUUAGAUUUUAGGUAUUUUUAGUUUUAACAAAACUCUUUUGGGUUUGUACUCACUAAAUUUGGAUCUUUAUCAUGUGAUAUGUUACCCAUGAUACAAUACAACACUGUACAAUACCAUGUCAUGUCAGGACAUGACAUAAAACAACAUGGUAUAAUGUGUUUCUGUUCACUUUGCAAUGGUACACUACAGUACUGCAGGAUUUGAUAUAAUACAUUAUGAUACAGCAAUGUAUGAUAUGAUAUAAUGCAAUAGGAUAAGAUACAAAAUGAUAUAUUAUGAUAUAAUGCAAUAUGGCACGGUACCACAUUAAACAGUUUGAUAUUAUAUGAUGUGUUACAUUUAUAUGAUAAUAGUCUUUCCCCUCUUUUAGUAUAUUAUGGAAUUCAUUCAGAAUAAAACCUCUUCAUUUUAGUGGCACUUGUUCUUUAAAACUUUGGAGCAUUAAUUCAUAAUGUAACUAAAAACCAUAACAUUAAAUAUGUGUUUUAAAUGUGUUCUUUUUUUAUCUUAAGGUGGAAACUAUUGGGGAUGCCUACAUGGUAGCCUCGGGAGUCCCAACCAGAAACAGUAACCGCCAUGCAGCUGAGAUGGCCAACAUGUCUCUGGACAUCCUCCACUGCAUAGGAACCUUCAAGAUGAGACACAUGCCUGAAUUAAAAGUUAGGAUCCGUAUUGGCCUGCACUCUGGUGAGCAAUAUCUGCAUCUAUACUGAUGUGUUUCCACUUUAACCUUUGUGACAAAUAUAUAUAAUGAAAUCAGUCUUGACUUCAUAUCAGAGUAGGUAAAAGUUAAUACGCUGCAGUGAAAUACAGGGACACAAGCUGCUAAGGCAGAGGGGUAUUUUUACCUCCUUUAUCCUCGUCUGGAACUUAUUCCUGGAACAGUGAAACGCUAUCCACUUAGAGAGCUGUCAUCCAAUUAACACACUGCAUACUCUGUAUUUCUAUGAUUUUGUGUUUGCCUAUGGACUAGAUGGUCAAAUUUCACCUGGAAAAUUUCUUCUCUCAUGAAUUUUGUGGAUUUAUUAAAAUACAAAGUAGUUACAGAAUAUUAAACUAACAUAAGUAAUUAGAUAAAAGAAAUAAAAACAGAGUUGUCAGGGUGCCAAAAUUCUAAUAUUUGACAAGCAAAUAUGGUUCACUGUUUAGUACAUUGUGUGCCAAGAGUAACCGCCUGAAUCAAAGCCCAGUUAACCUUUGUUUGUAUCUGUAUGUCUUUUUGCACGCAAUGUUUGCAGGCCCAGUGGUAGCAGGAGUGGUGGGUCUUACAAUGCCAAGGUACUGUCUGUUUGGAGACACUGUCAACACAGCAUCUCGAAUGGAGUCCACAGGGUUGCGUGAGUGUCUCAUAUUUGCUCAUGUUUGGACCACAAUAUUCUUCUUUUUUCCCACUUUUUUGACUGAGUGGUUGGGAGGUCAGGUGUAGUUAGUGUGCAUGCUGCUUGAGGCUAAACAGGGCUUUAAGUGCACAGUCCUUACUAAUCCUUUAAGGCUAUCAGCAGAGUCAGAGGCCAAUUUGAAGUUUCAGUCAAAUGUCGUCAGUGACCAAGUUUGCCUCAGGUUCCCUCUGCAUGCUGUUUAAAUCAGAAAUAAAGGCAUGAAUUUACAGAAUAUUAACUAUGAUUCAUAUAAAAUACUAACAUUUGAUUUUGCUGCCAGGCAUAAUGAAUGUAAUUAUUUGAAAAUAUUUAUAUAUAUUAGUAGAGCUUUGUUAGACAUGAUAGAGAAAAGAUACCUUAAGUCUGAGAAUUGGGGGCCAACAUGAAUAAAAAUAUGAACUAACUUUUAAAAUACAUAUUUUCUAGAUUUGUGAAAAUAGUUCAAGCUAGAUAUAGCUGGUGAUAAAAAGUAGCAGUAUUGUAGUCUACAAAACCGCAUAUGAAAAAUAUUCAUAGUAUUUGUCUUUGCAUCAGUCUAAAUUUGGUUACAUUGGUAUAUACAAUAAAAAUCUAUAUUUUAAUGGAAAUAAUUGUCUUUUUAUUCAUAUUUAUACAUACCUUUUACCAGAAGUUUCAGUUAUAUUAAUAUAGCUCCAUUAUAUCAGUGUUUGUGCUUUAAGUAGCGAAGCAGUGAUGAGUGGUCUACUGCCACCAAGUGGUAGAAUAUAGAAAUUGCAACCUGAUGCUUUUAAUUAACUCAUAUAAUCGUUUUUAACUUCAGUAAAGUUCAGAGACCAAAGCAGACUCCACCUAUUUACCAAAUGACAAAGAUAUCUGACCAUGAACAGUCUGAUGAAUUUCUGUAUUGUUCUAUGACAGCUUACAGAAUCCAUGUCAACCAAAGCACGGUUGAUGUCCUGAAUAGCUUGAAGUUGGGAUACAAGAUUGCAGUCCGAGGCAUGACUGAAUUAAAGGUAAAUUAAAAAUAUAUAUGAAAAACAUAAAAAUGUACUUUUUUGUCAUUACUAUAUCUCUUGACCACCUGUAACAUCAUUUUUAGGGAAAAGGUAUUGAGAACACUUACUGGUUGGUAGGAAAGGACGAUUUCAAUAAGCCUCUUCCCAUUCCUCCAGAUCUUCAAGGGUAAGAGAUUGUUUUGUUGCCUCUCAAUUGUAUCACAAUGAUUAGUCCAAGAUAACCCAUACAUUGCAUGUGCCAUAUACUUGUGGUUUGAGAUUACAGCAGUGCAAUACAGCUCUAUAACUUACUUGUGUAUAUGGCACAUUGUGUUGUGCACUAAAUCUGUGUCAAAGUACCUAAAGAGCUUUUUUUUUUCUGAAUGCAGGGGAAGCAAUCAUGGUAUAGCUUUAGAGGAGAUACCUCCUGACAGAAGACAGAAAUUCCUGGACCGACAAAAGAAGAUGGGCUAGCAUGUUUUUAUUUUUUUUCCAAUAUGAACAAUACGAUUUUCUCAGUCGAGGACACGAGGAUGCACGGAUAAGGAGUCAAAUACACAACGGCAGGUUACUCCAACUUUGGAUAUGCUUAAAAAUGAACUCCAGCAGCAACAGCAGAAAUGCAUCUUUUCAAUACACUGAAACCAUUUUCUGUAUAAAAAUAAUCUUGCUUGGCGAUUAUCAGUCCCUUGUUCGUAGUUUUAGCAGAUUGAUGCCACUGUAAACCCUUCAUGGCACUGAGACGCAGGAAUAAGGAAAAACGGAGGCGACAGUCCAUACUGAAGAGUGUCAAGAGUUGUCUUAGUUCUGAAAAAGGUGUUGGUUUGGAGAACAGCGAAGGCCUGACAAUAAGGAACUGUGCUGGAUGUGUCCAAAAGGGAGACGGCAUCAUCCAAAAGGUCAUGUACUGUAUAUAUUUACACUGAACUUUGUGCUCUGUAGAAGUAUCGGAGAGAUAAUUCAUCUCAGGUAAAAUGGACUCUCACUUGAAGAACAUUCACUCUUCAUUAUUCAACCCAAAGUAUAUUCACAAGCAGAGGAUGUCAGGAGGGAGAGUGACGGACAAAGACUGGCUUUGGUUUGAGUGAAUGUUUAUUUACACAUCUGAUGUAUGAAGCCAUAAUAUCCAUGUCAAACUAAGCACCUGGUUUGUUUAGCUCUAAGCUAUGUAAAUAUAGAUGUAAGAAACUGUAUCUUUGGUUGAUGGGUUUGUUGAUAUUUUUACUCCACUUCUUAGGAGUUAUUCAUCCUAACUAAUCAGUCUGACUAAUUAUAUCUAGAGACAAGGAUGUGCUUAAUGACAAAUAAGAUUUAGAGAAACACCAUAAUGGGACUGACAUGGUAUUGUUCUUUAAAAAACAUGACUUAUGUGCAUGCACAGCUCAUUUUUUACCUUUAUUAUGCCCACAGUAUGUGUCAUUUUCAAUUAUGUGUGUAUUGCUUUGACGUUAUUAUCACACUUUCUACCAAACUGUAAAAGACGCACACAGCAUGCGAACUAGCCCUGAAGCUUUUUUUUCUACCAUCAGUGAGGCACUCUAGCUUGUCCUAUAACUGAAACCUGCUGCUAUAACUGAAACACUGUAACACUGUGUAUCAAAUUUAGCCAUGUAUGCUGUGUGUUGCACCAGGUCUUGAUAGGAGGGUCUGAUUACUGUGACAUACAAUAUAUUCUCUUGGCAGAAUAAUGGGUCAGAUGUCUGGAAUGAUCAUCUCUAGUAAUGUGCUGCAGCAGAUCGAGCCUUUUCAUGUGCAUUGCUGUCUAAAGGGACAUAUCUGGCUCCAUAUUGAGCUUCUCAGCAGUUAUCAUUUCUUUCUGCAGUCCAGGGCCCUAAACAGAGACUGUACCUGUAGGUCCUCUGAGGAAAAAUACGCACUAAGCUCCUCCUGUGCCCAACUCUAGGGGGACUGUGUUGAUUGUUGCAGAAGACAGCGAGGAUGCGUGCACACAAAAAGGAGAGUACAGGGUCUUCUGAGUCAUCUCUCUUUUGCUGGGAGAUUUGUAUAUUCUGUAAAUUUGUACAUAUAGCUUGUCUUUGUGUCCUGCAUGGUUGGGACUUUUAGUGAAAUUUAACUUUUAUUGAACUCCCUAAACUCCUGACAAAAAAAGGAGAUAUCAACAAAACAGGGGUUUAAAUACAAUGCAUUCUCUCUUGCUUUUGUCUGCUGCUGCACUGAUAUUGACGCAACAAUGGGCAGGCGAAGUCAAGACGGGCUUUUUCUCCAAAAACAGUUUGUUUUUUUUCUUUGGGAGCUUUCUGCUGACUGCUUCAACCAUACACUGACUUGUCAAAGUUAGCUCAGAAAGAAAAGGACUUUUGAUGUCUUGAUUAUCAGGUUGCUCAUGCUUUGGUGUUUAAUCCCCAGCACUCGAUCUUCAAGCAUAAAUUAACCCCUGACUAGGAGGAAAUAUUGGAAUCUGGAUGAAGAUGAAGAAGAUAUCUGAACAAUAUUUUGAUGGGUAUCUUAAGAACAAAACAAGUUACUCUAUUCCAUAGAUAGGCUCUACUUUUCUAGGUUUUUAUUCAAUUUGCCAAAUAGAUAGAUCUCAUCAAAAAUGAAUGGACUGUAUGGUUCAUUUUGAAAGUGAUCUCAAUGUGUG